GCGGGACUUCCGGCGAGCGCGGAGCGGCUUCCGGUCGUGCGCGAGGGGGUCCGGCCGGCCUCCCUGACAUGAAGCCCCUGAAGCCUAGGGCUGGACUCCGCUGACAGCCCGCCAUGCAGCUGCUCCUGCUCGUCCUCUGGCUCGCUCUGGCGUGCGGCUCUGUUCACACCACCCUGUCGAAGUCGGACGCCAAAAAAGCCGCCUUGAAGACGCUGAAUGAGAAGACGCAGUUGUCAGACAGGCCCGUCCAGGAUCGGGGUCUGGUGGUGACGGACCCCAAAGCGGAGGACGUGGUUCUUGAACAUCGCAGCUACUGUGCAGCCAAGGCCAGGGAGAGACACUUUGCCGGCGAUGUCCUGGGCUACGUCACGCCAUGGAACAGCCAUGGCUACGAGAUUGCCAAGGUCUUUGGGAGCAAGUUCACGCUCAUCUCUCCAGUCUGGCUGCAGCUGAAGAGACGGGGCCGCGAGAUGUUCGAGGUCACGGGCCUCCACGACAUGGACCCAGGGUGGAUGCGAGCCAUCAGGAAGCAUGCCAAGGGCCUGCGCAUCGUGCCUCGGCUUCUGUUUGAGGACUGGACCUACGACGACUUCCGCAACGUCUUAGACAGUGAGGAUGAGGUGGAGGAGCUCAGCAAGACUGUGGUGCAGGUGGCAAAGAACCAGCAUUUUGACGGCUUUGUGGUGGAGGUCUGGAGCCAGCUGCUGAGCCAGAAGCAUGGGGGCCUCAUCCACAUGCUGACCCACGUGGCUGAGGCGCUGCACCAGGCCCGGCUGCUGUCCAUCCUGGUCAUCCCUCCCGCCGUCACUCCUGGGACUGACCGGCUGGGCACGUUCACGCACAAGGAGUUCGAGCAGCUUGCCCCCGUGAUGGACGGCUUCAGCCUCAUGACCUACGACUACUCCACGUCGCAGCAGCCUGGCCCCAAUGCCCCCCUGUCCUGGGUUCGAGCCUGUGUCCAGGUUCUGGACCCCAAGUCCAUGUGGCGCAGCAAGAUCCUUCUGGGGCUCAACUUCUACGGCAUGGACUACGCGGCCUCGAAGGACGCCCGCGAGCCCGUCACUGGGCCCAGGUACAUCCAGACCCUGAAGGACCACAAGCCGCGGCUGGUGUGGGAUGGCCAGGCCGCAGAGCACGCCUUCGAGUACAAGAAGAGCCGAGGUGGGAGGCAUGUCGUCUUCUACCCCACCCUGCAGUCUCUGCAGGUGCGGCUGCAGCUGGCCAGGGAGCUGGGCGUCGGGGUCUCCAUCUGGGAGCUGGGUCAGGGUCUGGACUACUUCUACGACCUGCUCUAGGCAGGCAGGUGCGUGCUGCUAAGCCAUGGAAUGACUGGGUGUGCAAUACAGGCUGUGCUGUCCGCUGUAA